UGUAGCCGAUUGUGAGGAGCAGAGUAGAGCGGCUGUCAAUUGCAGUAGGGACCAACGGAUAGCAGGGAUUACGUGCACCAGUCUCCCAGUCCGUCUUGUCUCUAAGAAGGACAACGAAGGAAGAGUCGAGGUCUACCAUGGGAGAUCAUGGUCAGCGAUCUGCUAUACCUCGUGGAACAUACAAGCCGCCGACGUUGUCUGCCGAAUGUUGGGCUACACUGGCGCCUCUGCGGCUUUCCGUGACGAGGAAUUACUUGAAGCGCCCUCUGCGAGCAUCCUGUAUGAGAGCAUCGAGUGUAACGGAACGGAAAGAAACGUUGCCCAUUGCAACAUGUCGGAGUCUCGGCGGGGAAGGUGUGACCUCGAUGGAUACGCAGCUGCUAGGUGUGCCGGAGAGGUUGAGGUACCCGUGCGACUGUUUGGAGGAGCUGACUUUCAUUCGGGAAGGGUCGAACUAUUCUACUACGGCUCCUGGGGCACUGUGUGUGCUGCAGACGACCUCAGCACGACCUCCACGCCGCACUACGCCAUGAACAUCGCAAACGUGAUAUGCCGGAUGCUCGGGUUCCCGAGGGCGCUGUCUUACGAGUGCUGCGGCCACUACGGACAAGGUCUCGGAGGCAUCUUUCUUGAUACUCUCAAAUGCACUGGCAAGGAAGCCAACAUCCUCGAAUGCCCGCGGAGCGAUCAAGGAUUGCACAGGCGAUGCCGUCAUUUAAUGGACCUUGGAGUAACUUGCCAGGAAAACGUUGAUUAUCAAAUCCGCCUGGUAGGGGGCGCAUCCAAACUGGAGGGGCGAGUCGAAGUGAAGUCGGACAGCUCCUGGGGUACAAUCUGCGAUGACAACUGGGACUUGACAGACUCCGACGUGGUCUGCAGGAUGCUCGGGUACGAGCGGGCAGAGAGCUACUUCUCCUGCGAGAAAUACGAGAAGGUGUCCAAGCGGAAGCAGAUCAUUCUGGACGAAGUUGAAUGCGAUGGAACCGAGGUGAACAUCGGGCAUUGUCGGGUCCAGCAUUACCACGACUGUACGCAUGAUGAGGAUGUCGGUGUAAAGUGUGUCGAUUGGACAACAGGCACCUCUUCAACACGGAGCUCUUCUACGAAAGCAGCUAACGUCACCGGAAAUUUGGCGAGCUACAACGAAGCAACCACCAAAAAUCCAUCGAGAUUGCCAGCUCGUAAAACAUUCGCCUUGGUUAUAUCUCAGGUGGUGUACACUCUAGUGGCUCUUAUUGUUAUUGUCUUAUUGACAAUAAGGAUGCAGCUGUAUAGGCGAAGAGCAGUAGAAUCGAACGUCACGGAGAUUCCUUUAACAGGGACUGAAAAAUGAGCUUUGUUCUUAUGGGCCUAGCUAUUGCAGAAAAUGAGCUGCAGCCUUUUAGACCCCGCCCUCACUAGGGCGUUUUAGCAACGAGACGGAAGACAAAAACGACGGGAGAAAUCACUCAACCUAGAUCGUCCUGUACUAUGCUCCCGUCUUCAUCUGUAACCUGUAUACUUAUUCUUAAAGACUCGAAGUCUUGCGUUCUAUCAGGGAAUUUCGACACCAUUCGGUUAUUUACUCGAUGUCAGGUGUAUGCCAGUAAAUGAGAGAGGUCAUCACAUAUUCAUGAGAAACAGGUCUUAUGUAAAUAUUGGUGACAUUGCAUAUCAACUUAAUUUUUGGGAUAACGUGACUCUGUGAAACGUGGCAAAAUGAAUAUAAUCACAGCAUUUCACUCUGUCUCUACUAAUAUUAUAUGUAUUAAAAUAUUCGUUUUGUAUUUCUUGUGAUAAUCAUGAUUAUUGUGUGACCAUUAUAUUUUGUUUGAAUAUUUGUCUAAUAUUUGGGGAUGUGGAAUUUGUCGAAUUUUAAUGUUAAUAAAGAACCAUGUGGGACGGAGGGUAAAAAAAAACUAUAUCUGGAAGAAAGGAGGUCCUUUUUCAUGUGACUGAUAGAAUUCGAUUGUAAAUAAAAUAUGUUACAUUUAAAUAUCCCCCCUGAAAUGUAUUGCACCUGUACAUAUUCACUCAUAAUUUCUUUCGCUUUCUGGAUUUUUGUUUUAUAUGAUGUAUGUAUUUGAAUUGUUAUAUUCUUAUAUUGGUGGCCUUUAUUUUGUAACUGU